AUUUUCUUUGACUCAAUCACAUAUUUCCUUGUUUCUCAGCUCCGAGUCUUCUCCUGUUGUCCAAAUUCCAUUUCAAACCGCCAUUCCUUACUUCUAUUUCUCUCUGAUAAUCUGCAACUCUCUCUCUCUCUCUCUCUCUCUCUCUCUCUCUGUGUAUAUAUACCAAAAACAGAGCACCAUCAAUGGCUGCCAACAAGUGCGCAACCAUGCUGCACAGAAACACCAACAAGAUCACUCUCGUUCUAAUCUAUGCACUCCUCGAAUGGAUUCUGAUCAUCCUCCUCCUUCUCAAUUCCCUAUUUUCUUAUCUGAUCGUAAAGUUUUCCGAUUACUUUGGCCUCAAAAGACCCUGCCUUUGGUGUACUAGGCUCGAUCAUAUCUUCGGGCCCAGAAACACCAACAAUUCUUACAGAGAUCUUGUCUGCGAAUCUCAUGCCAACGAAAUAUCCCAAUUGGGUUACUGCUCAAAUCACCAGAAACUAGCAGAAUCGCAAGAUAUGUGCGAGGACUGCUCGUCGAAGCCGGAUUGCGAAGAAUGGUCAAAGAAGUUUGCUUUUUUUCCAUGGAUGAAGCAAAUUGGGAUGAUUCGAGACGGCAACGAGAAAGUCACUGAAAAUGGAGAGGACAGGUUGAACUGUUCUUGCUGCGGAUUGAGCUUGAACAAGUUUUACCCUUCUUGUAUUGUGAUUAAACCCUCUUGGGAGGUUUUGGAUUAUGCCCAGAAACAGAAUUUGAGUUUGGAAACAGGGGAUGAUCAUCAUACGGAAGAAGGUGAUCGGUCGGAUCGAAGCGGAUCGGAUUUCGAGAUCGGAAACGAAGAGGGAGUUGAAGAACAGAAGGGAGAAAAUAGGGGUUUUGAAGCAGAGGAUCGUUCUGCUGCUUGUUCUGUAUGUGACUAUGGCUGCAAGGAGAAGGAGAUUGCAGCCAAUGGAGAUGAAGAAGUGGAAAGAGUCAUAGAAGAAGAACAAGAGCCCACGAAAUAUAUUGUAUCUCCGAAAAUUCGACCUCAGGAUUUGGAGUUCUACAUUGAUCAGGACGAUAGUGGGUUGGUUCUGGUUGAUUUGAUUGAUUCUCCAACCACCAUUGGAAACCAGAGUAAACAGAAGUACAAUAAGGUGGAAGAAGACCAAGGAAAUAGUAGUGGUUGUGAAGAUGUUAUACUGGAUUUCGACAUUGGUUUCGAGAGGCAAGAAGCGAAACCGGUUGUGGAGAGUUGGCGCGGUCCAGAAAAGACUGAGGCAUUGCUUUCGUUCGAUGAGAGUAAGGAGGAAAGUAGGGUUUCGGGUAUUGAUUCGAAGGGUCCGGGCGAAACUGAGAGCGCAAAGGAGGAAAAUGAACAAGUUGGAGCUAUAGCAAAUGGUGAAAUUGUUUCAGAUGUUCAUCAAGAAUUUGAGGACGAUGUCCUUUCGGGCGACGACGAGAUUGAUGCAGAGGUCUCAAUUGGGACAGAGAUUCCUGAUCAGGAACCGACUGACGAAGUUCAAUCAGCUCAAGGACUUCUGCAUUCGGAUCUUUCGCACAACGAUGAGACUGAUGCAGAGGUAUCAAUAGGGACAGAGAUUCCUGAUCAGGAAGAGAAUGACGAAGUUCAAUCAGCUCAAGAACUUUUGUAUUCGUAUGCGUGUGAGCAGGAAGACCCUUCUACAAGUUCUGCCAAUCUACAUGAUUGCGAUCAUCAUGGUUCUGAGCAAGCAGAGGAAGAAUUACUUGAAUUCAAAACCUUGUCGGUUGAAACGAGUGAGAACGAAAAAGAUAAUCAUUUCUCACUUGAGGUAGAUAAUGGUCUUGACACACCUACUUCAAUAGACAGUCUCCAUCAGUUUCGUAAGGGAAUGCUACUAUUCGAGAGACGAGAACUGGUAACAGAUGACUCAUUGGAUGGAAGUGUCAUGAGUGACACUGAAGGCGGUGAUGGAGUCGUGACAGUUGAGAAAUUGAAGACAGCGCUGAGAGCUGAACGGAAGGCUUUGAACGAAUUAUAUGCAGAACUCGAGGAAGAGAGGAGCGCUUCUGCGGUGGCAGCCAGCCAGACAAUGGCGAUGAUAAAUAGGCUACAAGAAGAAAAAGCAGCAAUGCAGAUGGAAGCUUUGCAGUACCAGAGAAUGAUGGAAGAGCAGUCUGAGUACGACCAGGAAGCGAUGCAACUCUUGAAUGAGCUUAUGGUGAAGCGGGAAAAGGAAAAGCAAGAGCUCGAAAAGGAGCUGGAAAUAUGUCGAAAGAAACUGCAGGAUUAUGAGGUCAAAGAGAAAAUGAUGAUUUUGAGGAGAAUGAAAGAUGGAAGCACGAAGAGUAGGACUUCAUCCGGUGCUUGUAGCAAUGGUGAGGAUAGCGAUGGACUCUCUACUGAUUUGAAUAACGAAUCGAAGGAAGAAGAUUGCUUAUAUGGCCAUGAGGAAAGUAGCAACCAAAACACCCCGGUGGAUGCAGUGCUGUAUCUAGAGGAAUCUUUGGCUAGCUUUGAGGAAGAGAAGUUGUCCAUUCUAGACCAGCUCAAGGAGUUGGAAGAGAAGCUUUUGACCUUGAACAACGAAGAGGAAGAAGAAUAUGACGGGGAUAUAAAACCAAGUGAGCAUUUAUUUUUGGAGAAUGGAAAUGGUUACCAUGAAAGUUCGGAUGUUAGUAGUGAAAUAAAUGGCAAUGGCAUUGCAAAUGGCCAUUCCAAAGAAAUGAAUGGAAAUUUCCCGCAUCAAGAUAGAAAAAUUGUCAAGGGCUUGAAGGCAAAGAGGCUUCUUCCGUUAUUUGAUGCCAUCGAAACAAAAACAGAAGACGGGGAAUUGAAUGGAAACACAGAAGGGUAUGAUUCUUUUACGUCGCAAGACUCUGAGAGCAAGAAACUUGCUAUUGAAGAGGAGGUUGAUCAUGUGUACGAGAGACUACAAGCACUUGAAGCAGAUAGGGAGUUUCUAAAGCACUGCAUUUCCUCCUUGAGGAAAGGAGAUAAGGGAUUACUUCUCCUCCAAGAAAUUUUGGAACAUCUUCGCGACCUGCGAAGUGUAGAACUCCGUCUGAGGACCAUGGGGGACAGCGAUCUAUAAAGAGUUCAUGGAUUUUGCUGCAUUCAGGUAAAACAGCUGCGAAUAUAAGCGGAACAUUAAACACAAUUAUGCAGUUUGAACAAUGUCAAGUGGGGGGAUUCCCUGGAUGGAGAGGGAGGCUCUUCCUGGUCAUCAUGGUGGACUACAAAUUCUAGUUUACCAUUUUUUUUCUUCUGUUUUUUUGGUGAAAGUCCAAAUUUUUGUGGGCUGCGCUUAUAUCAAACACCUUUGAAGGAAAGAGGGGGAUGAGAAGCGUAUGUGCGUAGGAGAGAAACUUCGGUUAGGAAUGCUUAUUAGAGCAGCCCUCGCAUGGGGCGAGUCAUACAGGGGUCUCGUUCUUACGUGAGAAGUGCCCUACAAAUGACCUCAUCAGGCGUCCCUACCAAGUUUUUCUGGAGUGUGUAGAUUAGGAUAGUGAGGUGGAGAAGCCACCCUGUCAAAAUGUAUGUUGUGAGGAGAAAAGGCCUGGCUUGCAAAGCUGGCGAUCGAGACCCAACAAAGAUAUUCCAGUGCCAGGUACAUAGCGUCAUUAGUUUAUUAGACAGUCAGAACUAGGACACUCUUUUUCUUAAGUUUUGUUUGGAGGAAAGGAAAAGAAAGUGAAGGAAAAUGUAGGGGGGGAUUUCCAAUCCCCCUUUUUCUCUGUCACCAUCUUUAGUUUGCAUCAUUUGAUCAUAUGGGAUUUGUUUAUUGUUAUUUGAGGGUCAAAGUUGAGUUACUACUUGUAUACUAUAUGUAUCCAUCUGUAAGUAUAUAAAAGUGAGUGUUUGUUUAUACUAGCUA